GAGAGAGAGAGAGAGAGAGAGAGCAAAUCACUGCCCGGCCACACAGAGCACAACAGACGCGACCCGCAUGAGGAACAGCCGGGGCGACAUUGAAGGGAAGAGGGUGCCGUCACGAUUCUGAUGGGUAAAGAGAGCGCUCGCAGUGUUGUUCUGCGAGCUGCCCAUAACAUUUCACCCGUGUUUUCCACGAAGGAGGUGAAAACUGCCCGUCGCCAUUUUUUUGGAAGUGACUGACUGGGAGUGGAGAGUUAGCUGCAAGCUGGCUAGAUUUUUAAGGGCCCCGGCUGAUUUAGUUUAUAUCCCCUGUGAGUCAUCACUUUCAGCGCUGUCACCUCGGACGGUUCGAGCACUGUAAAGACCCCGACCCUUCUCCACCACCACACGAGCCGCCUGAGGUCUGAAGGAAUACACGACGCGAGAUUUUGUUUACACAUUUCUCCCGUAUCCCCACUAACUGUUCCACCCAGGAUAGCUGCUGUGGGCUAAAUUAGCCACAUUAGCAAGCUUAGGUUUUGUCCUGGAAAAGCUGGCCUGGUGGACGGGUCUCUAUGCGUACACUGUCUUGUUCCGGCAGAUGAGUAAUCAGAGGGGCCUGACGUGUCGCAGUCGCACGGUCAGAUAGUCCCCUGCGAGCGCGACGCGUCCCCCGGCUCGCAGCAUGCCCUCCACCAGCCGGACAGGGAGCCUGAAGGACCCCGAGAUCGCAGAGCUCUUCUUUAAAGAGGACCCUGAGAAACUCUUCUCAGACCUUCGAGAGAUCGGUCAUGGCAGCUUUGGUGCCGUCUAUUUCGCGCGGGAUGUGCGGACUGCAGAGGUGGUGGCCAUCAAGAAGAUGUCCUACAGUGGGAAGCAAUCCAAUGAGAAAUGGCAGGAUAUCAUUAAGGAAGUCAGGUUCCUCCAGAGAAUACAACACCCGAACAGCAUAGAAUAUAAAGGAUGCUACCUGCGGGAACACACAGCAUGGCUUGUCAUGGAGUAUUGUUUGGGCUCAGCCUCUGACCUUCUUGAAGUUCACAAGAAGCCCCUUCAAGAAAUUGAGAUUGCUGCAAUUACCCAUGGUGCUUUGCAGGGCCUUGCGUACCUUCAUUCCCAUAACAUGAUUCACAGGGACAUUAAAGCUGGAAACAUCCUGCUUACUGAACCUGGACAGGUGAAACUGGCAGACUUUGGUUCUGCCUCCAUUGCUUCUCCAGCAAACUCUUUUGUGGGGACUCCAUAUUGGAUGGCCCCUGAGGUGAUUUUAGCCAUGGAUGAGGGACAGUAUGAUGGAAAGAUUGACGUCUGGUCUCUUGGAAUCACCUGCAUAGAACUAGCUGAAAGGAAGCCUCCUCUGUUUAACAUGAACGCGAUGAGUGCCUUAUACCACAUAGCGCAGAAUGAGAGUCCCAUGCUGCAAUCAAGUGAAUGGACGGACUAUUUUAGAAAUUUCGUUGACUCUUGCCUUCAGAAAAUUCCCCAAGACCGACCUCACUCUGAGGAUCUGCUGCAGCACGCCUUCAUCCUGAGAGCGAGGCCAGAAUCUGUUCUGAUGGACCUGAUUUUGCGGACAAAAGAUGCUGUCCGAGAGCUGGACAACCUGCAGUACCGCAAGAUGAAAAAGAUUCUUUUUCAGGAGGCCCCCAAUGGGGUAACCACCGAGACCCAGGAGGGCGACGAGGAUGCGGAGCACAGUGCUGGUGGCACAGGUACAGUGAGCAGCGUGGGAAGCAACCAGUCCAUACCCAGCAUGUCCAUCAGCGCCAGUUCUCAGAGCAGCUCGGUAAACAGCCUUCCUGAUGCCGCUGAUGACAACAAGAGUGACCUUGAGCUGGAGAAAGACCACACCGUCAUGUCCAACAGCUCCGUCAUACACCUGAAGCCAGCAGAAGAGGAAGUUAACCAUGAGGAUCCUGAGACACGUACUCGCCCACCAGAGGUUCCGGCAGCACCAGCGCAGCCGGCCCAACGCAAACACCAUCGAAACCGCGAACACUUUGCCACCAUUCGCACUGCCUCUCUAGUGACGCGGCAGAUGCAGGAGCACGAGCAAGACUCUGAACUGAGGGAGCAGAUGUCCGGUUACAAGCGCAUGAGACGACAGCACCAGAAGCACCUCAUGGCCCUGGAGAACAAGCUGAAAACUGAGAUGGAUGAACACAGACUGAGGCUGGACAAAGAGCUGGAGGCCCAGAGGAACAGCUUUGCUGCUGAGAUGGAGAAACUGGUGAAGAAAAACCAAGCAGGCAUUGAGAAAGAUGCCAAGUCAUUUGCCAAUGACGAGAAGAAAUUCCAGCAGCACAUUCAGGCCCAGCAGAAGAAAGAGCUCAACAGCUUCCUGGAGUCACAGAAACGAGAGUACAAACUGCGUAAAGAGCAACUGAAAGAGGAGGUAAAUGAGAACCAGUCCACACCUAAGAAGGAGAAACAGGAGUGGCUGUCGAAGCAGAAGGAGAACUUUCAGCACUACCAAGCAGAAGAGGAGGCCAACCUGCUCCGCCGACAACGGCAGUAUCUGGAGCUGGAGUGUCGCCGAUUCAAACGGCGAAUCCUUAUUGCAAAACACAAUGUAGAACAGGACCUCGUGCGGGAGGAGCUUAAUAAACGUCAGACGCAGAAAGAUCUGGAACAUGCCAUGCUGCUCCGCCAUCACGAGUCCAUGCAGGAGCUGGAGGUGAGGCAGCUGGGUAGCAUCCAUAAGAUGCGCACGGAGCUCAUCCGCCUACAACACCAAACCGAGCUCACCAACCAGAUGGAGUACAACAAGCGAAGAGAGCGAGAGCUACGCCGCAAGCACGUCAUGGAGGUCCGGCAGCAGCCCAAGAGCCUUAAGUCUAAAGAGCUGCAGAUCAAGAAACAGUUUCAAGACACGUGUAAGAUUCAGACCCGGCAGUACAAGGCCCUGCGCAACCACCUGCUGGAGACCACGCCCAAGUCUGACCACAAGGCUGUGCUGAAGAGACUGAAAGAAGAGCAGACGCGCAAGUUAGCCAUCCUCGCCGAACAGUACGACCAUUCGAUCAACGACAUGCUCUCCACACAAGCUCUACGGUUGGAUGAGGCGCAGGAGGCGGAGUGUCAGGUGUUAAAGAUGCAGCUGCAGCAGGAGUUGGAGUUGUUAAACGCUUAUCAGAGUAAGAUCAAGAUGCAAACGGAUGCCCAGCAUGAACGUGAGAGGAAAGAGCUGGAGCAGAGGGUCUCGCUGCGGAGGGCUUUGCUGGAGCAGAAGAUUGAGGAGGAGAUGGUUGCCCUUCAGAACGAACACUCGGAACGAAUCCGCAGCCUGUUGGAAAAACAGGCCCGUGAGAUUGAGGCGUUUGACUCUGAAAGCAUGCGCCUGGGUUUCAGCAACAUGGUGCUCUCCGGCUUGUCAUCGUCGGAUGGCCACAGCCACAGUUUUCCGGGAGCUCAGAGCAGCUGGGGCUCCCAGCACGGUGCUGGCUCUCAGGGGUCACAAUGGGGAAGUGGGCACCACGGUGCAAGUCAGCAUGGCCACCAUCAUCAUCAUCACCCCAGCCAGAGUGGCUCUAUCCAUCAACCCUGGGGUCACGGUCUGUCCUCAGGUGGAGCAUCUCCAUGGGUGCACCAUGGGUCUGGUGGCAGUCAGCGCUCGAGCGGAGGAGGUGGUGGGCUGCGGAACAGUCCCCAGGCGGUACGGAGGGCCACGUCAGGGGGGCGCAGUGAGCAGGCGAUGAACAGGAGUUCCAGCAUCACCUCUCAGAUUUCAAACGGCUCACACCUGUCCUACACGUAAGACCACCCACUGCUCUCCCGCAACACCUGUUUUGACCCUGAAUGCCUUUGGGGAAGGGAUAUAGGGGCACCAUGAUCAAAGGGGGGACCUGAAGGAUAGUAUGGUUUCAUUUUCCUCUCCGUAUUUUCAUUCCUUUACUUCUAAAUACCUGUUUUAUACACAUACUAAGCACAAAUGCCUCAUUAAUAUGGGUUUCAGGCAGCACUUAAAGUGUUUCUGCAGCUAUAAUUCAGAUCAUUGUCAAGGCAUGUUUGCAGUUAUGAGAAAUGAUGAAUAAUGGAUUCAGAGUAGAUGCUAUGUGAAUUUUAGAGUGCUCUCUCGUUGGUUUGAUAUGAGAAUAAUAAUAGUAUAAGAGCAGUGCAUUACCUAUCAAAGGUGAGAUGCAGACCUUUG